AACUUGGCUUAUCACUUUUUUAAAAUAAAUUUAAAUAAACUGGCUUUAACAAUAAACAAUUCAACAAUUAACAAUCGUUUUCAAGUUCAAGAUUAUAUAUCUAUUAUUUUAUAUAUCUGAUAAAUUUGUGGUUAAUCGAGAAAUUUUAUAUAUAAUUAUUAUUUUUACAUAUAAUUAUUAAAAUAAUUAUAUCAUAUAGCAAGAGUAGUAAUUAAGAAAGCUUUCGUUUGUGACGUCCGAGAUUGCAUUUUGUUUUCAGAAGAGCCAACAGAAGUAGAUCGACAUCUUAAGACCGUCGCAUACAUGAUAUCGUGAAGAAAUGUGUCAUUUUUCCACAUACCUACACGGAAAUUGCAGUUAUCUCCGCGUUGUGCGGAGUCACGCACUAAGAUUUUAUUCCUUUAGCACGUCUCUUUAAAACGCGAUUAUUUUCCGCUUGAACGAGUUUGCGGUUUGAUCGAUCUUACCGGAAGUUCGAUGUCUCCAAUACGACGAUCUUCUCGAAAGCGCUUCAUAGUUUCCGCAUGAACGAUUUAUUGACGGCAGAACGAUUUUGCUGCACAUCGUGAAAGUCCUCUCUAUCGUCCAAUCCGACGGAUUCUUGCGAUGCGUUGAGAUGCACACCGUUAUGACGCAAUGUGCAGCUUAUCCGUCGCAGCUAUUGGAAGCUACACUUUCUUGAUCGUCCUCUUAAUUACACAACGGCACUAAUAACGACAAUUAGAACGACAGUUAGAAUUUUGUUAGAACCAUUUUGCAUUAGGCGCAAUCAUAGUCCUUGCAUCUGUGAUUAGUAUCACGAAGAAAUCUUGUAAGAGACACGAUAAUCACAUGCGGUUUUAUUCUUUUAUCUCCCUUAUUUUUUUUAGACGCUUUUGAUAACGUUAAGAUUAUCCUACAUUAAAUGGAAACUUGAUAUUUAAAUAACUUCAAACAGAAAGCUAUGUAAUAAGAUUAAUUAUAAAAGAAAAUGACUAAUUUUUAACGAUUAAAUUCGCUACGUUAAAAUUUCUCUAUAAUUAAAAGCGACGAAUAUUAAUUCAAAUAUCGUAACAGCUUAGGAUCGUCGAUAAUCAUGGUAAUAAAUUUAAUUAUACAAUAAUACGUAAUAAUAGGUGACCUCGAUAUUUAAAGUAUCUUUUAAUAGAAAUAAUUUCUGCUUUAUCUUUUUGCUUAUUCGAUCAUAAAACGCGUUCGAAAGUAACAAGGUGAGAAAGUGAUAUUUUUAUAUUUAUUAUAAUCUAGUUGAAAUAAUAACAUCCGAAAGAUUGUACAGCUUCUUCGUUAUAUUACAUAUAAUACAUAUAUCUCUAUAGGGAUUCUGUCGUAACGCAAUCUGCAAGUGAUCCAACGAAAAGGUCGUGUGUUGAACCCACGUGUUUCUGCAGCUAACAAUAAAGGUUGGCUCAUGCGCGAAGACCCUGGGAUACGUUUGCUCUCUGAGAGACUUACCUUCGAUUAUAACGGGACUUUCACACUGAGUGGAAGGGUCAUGUUUUCGUCAGAGGCAAGUGAGGUCAACUGAUUGCUAUUCCGAAAAGUUCGUCGAGUCAAAGAACUAAGUACAAAGAAUUCCGCUAUCACAAUAAGACAAUAACACGUUUAUUGUCUUAUUAAAACCUUCAAGAACAUAACAAGAGCAUAAAAAAGAAAUUUUAUUACUUAAAAAAUAAUUAUUUUUACUUUUUUUAUGUUCUGUUGUUUUUAUUGUUCUCUCUUGCAUGCACACAUUACGUAGCGACGAACGACAUAGGCGAGAGUAAAAUGCAAGAUGAUAUCUAUCUCCCAUUGCCAAGAUCGUUUUGCCGCGUGAGUACAAGACGUCGAUGAUGUGAACAGGAUUUAACGCCAGUCGAAGGUACGCUUAUCCGGCGCUGUUGUCUGUUGUCCCUUUCACUGCAAGUCGGUUGCGUGGGAGGCUCGUUCAGGAUAUCGUAGCAAUUUCAACGAGGACUAGUCUUCGUAGUUCAGUCGCCACUCAAGUAUCACGCGCGAGUGCAGAGUGAUCGCUCAUCAAGCCGCGAGUUUAACGCUAACGAAAUGUAAUAUCCGAAAGUCCAUUCUCUCAAAGUUAACUGAAUCAAAAGUAAUUUUUGCGAAGAAAAGUAUUAAACGUGAUCGAUGUAUUAUCACCAGUGCACAUUGCCUCGGCAAGUUCGCCAAUGAGAUAAAUGCAAGGCGAGAGAUGCGACGAAUGCUUUACAAACAAUUUGGAUGAGAUCUGUGACAUUGCGACGAAUACUUAUGAAAGUGUAAACUUUUCAGUUAUGUCAACGAGAGAGAUAACGGACUGUGUGAACAUGAAUUAAAUUUGUCUCAAACAAAUGUGCCGAACACAUUGUACUUGAUGCAAUUUUUCCUCUCGAUCCGAUCCGUCGAAUUAAAUGUUGUUGGUGCAAUCAAGUGUAUUUGCAAAUUAAGAUAACAAUGACGGAGAACGUGUACGUUAUCAAAGUAAAAACCAAACCGCCGUUGUCGUCUUUGUAUCCAUCGGAGCGUCGUUACUCAGCGUCGACAGUCGGCGGCCUGUCCUUGGUCCACUUCGGCCUCGGAGCGCUGUCCCUUCUUCUGGGUACCCUCGCCUUGUCCUUGCAGGGCCCGAUAUUGUCCGUUGCGUGUCUGGUGCCGUUCGUGACAGGUCUCCUCGCUUGGCGACGUUGGUACAUCGACCGGAACAUCGCCAUUUUUUUCUACGGCAGCCUCUUCUCUCUGGUAGCCGCGAUCCUCUGCUUCGUCGUCACGAUCUUCGACGUCGCGGCAGCUUCCAACAGCACCGGUGGAUCCCUGUGGCCGUUAGAAGAAAUCCUCGACGCUCCGCGUUAUUCCCUUCGUCCCGCCAAGGUUUUCACAAACGAUACUCCUGUGGAUGAUAUUAUGUCGACUGAGGACUCAUUCAACGUCACUGAAGAACUAAAAUUACCUGUUUCUUUAAAAUCUCUGAGCACCGAGCUCAACGUAUCAGACUUCCACGUCGAUGCCAAAAACGACGAUGAUCUCACGGUGACGGAAGCGUCGUUCAUGUUUGAAGAAAGGAUGAUGAUAUCGAGAGAAAUUUUGCAGAAUAAAGGCACGACGAACAUUACGCGAGGAUUUAUGAAUUUGACGAAGGAAAAGACCUUCUGGCAUAGCCGUUAUGAGAACUCGUCGCACAGAAUGCUGCUGAUCUUAAACGUCUUGAUGGCGUCUCUUCUGGAGAUCUUCUGGUCGCUGCUCAGCGUAAAGAUCGCGUUCUGCGGAAUGAUGAACCGACUGCCGGAGAACAAUAAUGUCGUCGUCGAAUCGAAGAUGACGAGGUUGCCGCUGCAAAAGAGAAAAGCCCCAGCACCCAGACCUGAUAUAUUGGAUCACGAUCACCGGUUGUCGGAAGCUCUUCAGAAUUUGCAAGGUCUCACUGGUGUCGGACCGCGAUUACCUUUGCCGGAAUCCAGCAGAGAAUUUAAGGAAAGAGUCGAGAGAUUCUUGGCAAAUCAAGCAACUCAUAGAGUUGUUGAAGGUACUUGAAGCUAACGAUUCCAAAAUGGACUCAAAUUUUCAUAGAAGUUUUAAAAUAUUUACAAAAUUUCUCAUGCCAAUCUUACGAUAGAUAAUAUAAUAAUACUGUACCGAUCUCAGUUUCUUUUGUACUGUAUACCUUGUUGUUACUUAUACUUUUUUUCUGACGCAGAUCUGUACAUACAUUUUAUUUUUAAUUGUAGAAAUAUAAAGAGUAGAAUAAUCAAAUAUAAGUCCUACUUGUUGCACCUAUUGUACUGAAAUAACGAACUUCUAUUUAUACGUUUACAUGACGUUUAGUAGGAAUGUGUCAGUAUCACGUUCAAAUAUAAAGUUGAUCAUAAAUGUCCCCACAGCGAGCAAUAAACGAUACUAAUUAUGUUUAUUAUGUUGUCAGAAGUAUAUUUUCGCAGAUUGGUUAAUUAACAUAUCAAUUCACACUGCAACCGGAUGAAAAAGUAAUGAAUUGAUUUUGAGAACAAUUAAAUGCCAUUUACUUACAAGAGAUUAUUUCAAUAAGUUAAUUAUUUAUUUAAAGUCGUCAUUUACUACGUUUAUCAUAUGCAUGAUAAUCGCAUAAAACAACGUAUCUUAUUAUUGUUUCGUAUAAAUGUGCUUCAAAUAUAUCUCGUUUGUCUUGACUCUACUUAACAGUAGUUUUAGUAAUGAAGCUGAUUAAUAAACAUAUAUACGCGCUCAUUACGCGAUAUGUUAAUAAGACUAUAACAUUUCUUAAGGAAUAUAACUUUCAACUCGUAAAAAUUGCGCGUCUCACGGUCUGAAAAUCACACCCUAAAUUUUAUCAUUAUGUGCCACGCAUCGCCUUUCGUUCAUAUACACACUGUGAAAGUUAAAGGUUUGUUACGACAUAUCAAGCAAUUCGAUGUUGGCCAACGAACCUGCCGGAAUUCGUUAAGGAAACUAUAUAUUAACAAUAGCAAUACCACAUUGAAACCCACAUUCUUUUCUUAUCCGAAGUUGCGUUUGUGUUCGCCGGCUUUCGCACUGCAUUUUAAAUAGGAUACCAAAAGGAAUAUUGUAUGCGGCAAAUAUUACAAAGAAAUAUGUAUAUACUCUGA